UACAAUAACAAGAACAACAACAACAGCAACAACAUAAAUGACAUCAACAAUAUCAACAACGUCGGUAUGCAAAUAUUAGACAAGUGCAAUGAUUUCGUCAGCAAGGCACAACAAAAGGAAAGGGAAGAGUUGGAGGCUAAGGAGAGGGAGAGGAGGAAGCGUGAGAAGGAUGAAGAGGCGGAGCAACGGAGGAAAGAACGUGAGGAACUAGAGGACAAGAUGGGGAAAAGAUUGGAAAGUAAGUUGGCACCUAUAUACGAUGUGAUUAUGGGGAAGGGCUUGGACAAGGCUAGUUCGAGUUCUGUGAAUGACGAAGUGUGCCGACUUCGACGUGAAAAUGAGGAGUUGCGCUCGAAGCAUGGCGCGAAGGAGCAACUGCCUCCAACGGACUUGGUGGAACGUUUACAGCGGGAGAAUCAUGACCUCAAAAGAUUGGAAGCUGACUUGAAACAGAAAAUGGAAGGUGAUCUGGCGGCUCUGCAUUGGGAGAUACGUGGUCUGAAGGAGUGUCGUGAAAAUCUGGGACGUUCGGAGCUGGCUAAACAGAUUGAUGACCUUCGCGCGGAGAUGGAAGUGUUGCGGAAGCGCAACGAAGAGACCGAAGAAGUCGCCCAGCUUUGGCGCAAUGAGGCGCUGAGGCCUGGCAACAAACGAGGAAGUAUAAACGUGUCAACUCCUGCUAGCGAAGGUCAGGAUUUGACCAGAUCGCGAUUGGGAAUUUCUGACGAAGCGGGUCGUCUCAGAGCUGAGCUCUCGGAGAUUAAGGAACGGAGGAGGUGUGACCAAACGAAGGUCGAUAUGCUAAAAGAAAGGGGAGCAGAGGCUGAGGCAAAAAGGAUGCAGGCCGAAGCUGAGUUGGCUCGAUUGCAGAAGAAGAUGAGUGACUUGACGACUGGGAUGGCGGUUUGCAGCAUGCCUAGCGGACUAGGAACUAACCUUAAGGAAAGAAUGGAGGAGGCGGCCAAGAUCGGCUUCCGUACGGGAAGGAAGGGCCUAAAGAUGACCUGUGGUCGACUUCCUCGACCCGAAGGCAGCAUGCGAAAGGCCAAUGACAAGUUUGUUUUCCUUCAGGAGGAACGCAAGCGUUUACGAGCAUUAAAGAAAGGCGGGGUGGAACCUCUGUGCAGAGAAGCGGGGAUCCCAUAUCAGAAUAUGGAGGUCAGCGUUGAAGAACUAGCACAAUUGAAUAUGAAGAAAGCUUUCGGGAACGACGAUGUGGCGGAAAAGGAGACUGGUACCGCGGGACGUGGCAAUGGGGUGUUGGAGGAUAGUGAUGAGGUGAGUGUGGAGGAGGUUUCGUCAUACUCUACUUGAUGGGACUUCCGAAACGCGGUGUUAUGGGGUUUUGCUA